GGAGCGGCCGGUCAGCGGUGUAUGGCUCUGUCGACCGCUGUAUUUGUCGGCGAAACCAAAGAAUGGAUCAAUGAUUUGGUGGAAAAGGCAAAGAAAUUGAAAGUAAACGCCGGACACAUACCGAAGACCGAUUUGGGACCCGUUAUCUCUCCCGAAGCCAAACAACGGAUUCUGUCUCUCGUCGAAAGCGGUGUCAAAGAAGGCGCUAAACUAGUGCUCGACGGACGGGGCUGUAAAGUGGCCGGAUAUGAAUCGGGAAACUUUGUCGGACCAACUAUUCUGACUGAUGUCAAGCCGCACAUGAAGUGCUAUACGGAAGAAAUCUUUGGACCCGUUCUGGUGAUACUCACCGUCGAUACGUUAGACGAAGCCAUUGAACUCAUUAAUGCCAAUCCUUACGGUAACGGAACGGCAAUCUUCACGACCAAUGGCGCGAUCGCUCGCAAGUUUACACACGAGGUAGAUGUGGGUCAAGUCGGUAUCAAUGUUCCCAUCCCUGUGCCGCUCCCAAUGUUUUCAUUCACUGGCAGUCGGGGCUCAUUCCGAGGCGACUAUAAUUUCUAUGGAAAAGCGGGUAUUAACUUUUAUACACAAUUGAAAACUGUUACUCAGUUGUGGUCACCCGAACACCACUCGUCCGGAGCGACAACUAAUUUCCCGGUUAUGAAGUAAUCACUUGUAUUGCGAGCUUUGGAUUCAAAUGGAGUUUACAAUUGAAAUCUCAAUAAUUAUAAGAUUUAUUAAAAGUUUUUUAUGACAAUUUCGUAAAAUUUUAAUUUUGUUAAAUCAAUGUUAAAAAUAAAAUUAUUUUUAAAAAGUUUUUCAUACAUUAGGCAGUAGUCUAUUGACGCGAC